AUGAAGCUCAAGAAGCCCAAACAACCCCGAUUCCGACUUGAAAUCCCUCUCGCCGAUGACUCCCCGGAAUCCCUCUCCCACCUCGCCCUCCAGCUCUUCCAAGACCUACCCAUCAAACGAAUAUCCUCCAAAGUCAACGUCUUGAACGUAUGGUCAAACGCCGCCUUCGCAGAAACCGCAUUGAAAGCCUUUGGGGCUUGCCCUUCCACCCCGGUUGAGCAUUCAGACAUUUCCUCCAUCGCCAACGAUAAUACCGGAAAUUUGAAUUCUGCUGACGUGGCGGUGUUUUUGGCGCCAGAGGGAACCCAACUGGCGGUUACAAAAAGGGACACUAAUUUGUUGUUCCGUGGCCGGUGGAGGGGAAUUGAAGGUGUUUCGACGUUUAAAUCGCGGUCCUCGAUCGGAGAUGUUGAGAAUGUUUUGAAUAAGUUGGUGGCCAUUAAUUCGCCCGUGACGAAAUCAGUCAAGUUUUUCAGGGAUUUGGUGUCGAAUGUGACUGGAAACAAGUAA